CGGUGUCGGUGAGAAAGCAUUCCGAACAGCCUUUUCCGUCUCCACGGGGCAAAGUACAGCCGGGGGUAAACGACACGCCCCUUCCCCGCGCCACGAUUCUACGCUUUUCUGAAUGCCUCCCCCUCGACCCCUAGAGGAUUGGAUCUCCAUACUUCACGCCCUGGCCGCCAAGAGCAAUCUCGAUCAUGGACGACCAGCAAGGACGACAUGCACUGAUUCUGGGGGCGUCUGGUAUUACCGGCUGGGCGAUCGUCAAUUCCAUUCUUGAAGGGUAUUCGAGCAAAGAUGCGUUUGCCAAAGUCACCGCGGUCACCAACCGACCCUUGUCACGGGAUGACAGCGGCUGGCCAUCAGAUUCUCGUCUGGACCUCGUCUCUGGCAUCGACCUUCUGCAAGGCGGACAAGCAAGCUUGAACGAGCUGAUAAAAGAAAAGAUCCCAUCUAUCAACACUGUGACGCAUUUGUACUUCUACGCCUAUCAGCAGAACGACGAUAACCGCAUUGAAUGCGACGUCAACCGGAAGAUGCUGGAACGAGCCGUGACGGCAGUUGAAAACCUUUCCCCGAAGCUGGCAUACACCGUCCUUCCAAGCGGUACAAAAAUUUAUGGAGUUCACAUGCUCGACCAAUUCCCCUUCGCCGACAUCCUACCCAUCAAAGAAGAUGCUCCUCCACUCCCAGAGCCUUGGGUCAGUGACCUCUUCUAUUACGAUCAGAUAGACUGUUUGAAAACCCUGUCCCGGGGGAAACAGUGGACUUGGUGCGAAAUCCGUCCUGAUAACAUUAUCGGCUUUGUGCCCAAUAACAAUGCCUACUGCCUCGCUCAGACGCUGGCACUGUACCUCAGCCUCUUCCAUUACGUUGAGGGUGGCGGCGCUAGCUGCCCCUUCCCUGGAACAGAGAAGUCCUGGAAAGCGCUUUAUAACGAGUCGCCUCAGGAUAUGGUGGCUCGCUUCUCGAUUCACGCCAGCCUUCAUCCCGAGAAAACCGGGACAAAGUCCUUCAAUUGUGCAGGAGAAGAAACUUCCUGGAAAGAGAAAUGGCCCAUCAUUUGCCAGUAUUUUGACCUUCGCGGUACUCCUCCGGUAGAAGGUUCGAUGGCGCCGUCAGCAUACAUGGAGGACCACAGACAAGAUUGGGAUAGGUUGGCCAAGCAAUCGAGUCUCAAAGGUGGCUUCCUUGACAACAAUAUCUCGCAUCCGCACUUUCAGUAUUUCAUCAUGGCCUUGUUGGAUUUUGAUCGUCACAUGGACAUGGGCGCCAUGAGAGCCACGGGUUAUACAGAGAUCAUCAACACAAACGAGUGCUGGACAAUUGCUUUUGAUCGUAUGAGAAAGGCCAGGAUAAUUCCCUAGGAGACUCUAGAUCAUUGAGGAGGACUGGUUAUAAGAACCCUCUGUGAGGUUCGAUCUUGAACCAAG